AUGGAACCUGACUCCAUAACCGACCGACUCCCCCCUCCCAUCCCGUCAGUCAACGUCGGUUUCGUAGUAUCAAUCCUGCCCAAAAUCGACCAAACACGUCCGACCACCUCCCCUCCCCUCCCACACACAUCGUGCUGCUGCUGCUGCUGCUGCUUGCUGCUGUUGCUGUUGCUGUUGCUGUUGCUGUUGCUUCUGCUGCUGCAGGAACGGACCCAUUCUCCGACCAGGUUGACAUCCCGUCGUCCAGUUUUGCUCUGAAACCUCCGAACAGGAACUUGACCCCUUGGCAUUUCCAACACUAUACUACACUACACUACACUACACUACACUACACUACAACACGACGGCGGCGGCGACUCUGCCUCUCCAACGGAACCUACCUAGGUCUACUCACUCACUCACCAAAUCGCAACCGGGCUGCCCGCUGGCGGUGCGGUCUCCCCGACCAGGACAGACGACAGGACCGACACACAUACGAUAAACCGGGCAUCUCCAUCAAUUCUGACUGAAUAGUGAUCGCGGCGCAUCCCGGCCAGACCCUUCGACCUCCCGAUUCCCCCCUCCAGGACCAUCCCGUCAUUGAGGCGAGAGAGAGCGCACGUCCACGAUCCCUUUGUUCCCUCUUCGUACGUAGCCGGGCUGUUUCCACAUUUCGCGCGGAACCGCAUAGGUACAUACAUAGUCAAGCUCGAGUAUCUCUCCGACCCCUUACAUGCCAUCGCCUCGUCAUCAUCAUCAUCAUCAUCACCAUCAGGAAGUACUGCGACCAACUACUCCGGGUCACCUCUAGGUGAAUGUCGCCGAGUUGCAAAAAUCAAUUGGUUCGCACAAGGUCAGCCAGCGCCGCCCGCCCGUCACAUCAUACAUACAUACAUACAUACAUACAUAGCAGCAUACCCGUUGCCCGGCUUUUGCGCAUCCUUCCUCCGAUCCUCCUCUGCCUGGCCUCCACAACAUCCACCACACAUCUCCAUCACAUCUUCAGCCCAGCCCCAGCCUACUUGUACCAUCCUGGUCCAUAUCUGUCAGCUCUGCUGGAUCCCCAUCCCAUCAUUCUCUCUCGGCUCCGUCGCCCCCCCGGGUUGUGUGCAGCCUGCGCCAUCCCUACCUGACACUUUCAUGUUACCUCGACGACGGUUGUGCCUCGCUGGGUCGCUGCCUCCAUUGUCGCAGUCGGCCACUUUCGUCUAUUUUAACCUCCCUGCAACUGCACAGAAAAUCCUGACAUUCGACGUGAUACCGCAGCGGACAAGACCGACUUGCUGACCUGGAAACUGACUGCGCCAGACAACAAACGAAUCGGGAUUCCGUUCGACAAAGCAUCCAUUAGUCUAUCCUUGAAACACAGGCGCCACACCUGACAACCGAUUUCGAUCCGAUCUUUUCUCGUCGGUCGCUAUUGUCCGCGCCUGGACCUGGAAUAAGAAGUGAGCGAAAAGAGAUGGCCCGAAAAGGCGUACCGCAACCGCUUACGCUGGCAGAAUCCGGAACUCUUGGAAAGGAAACCUCUCCGCGCCUUGGUGACACCACCCAACAACAACAACAACACCACCACCAACAAACCCCCAGCAGCAGCGCCGUCAGUGCCACCGGUAGCGGUGGUGGUAGUUUGGCCAGCGGCCGCUCGACUCCGCAGGCCUCGCGAUCGCCGAGGUCCCCACGUUCCCCUUUCAAGAUCGGCCCUCAAAAGGUAGAAUCCCCCGGGGAGCCACCGAGAACCUCGUCACCCCCAACCGAGCAACCCGUCGAAGCCGUCGCCAUUUCCCAAGACCAACGGUAUCAAAGGCAGAAAUCCCCAGACCUCCCGCCCGAGGACCAUUCACGCGUCACCACCUCCACGCCGGUACCGUCGCAAUCGUCCGAUCAUCGGGGCCACAAACAUAGCCGAAACGACGAGGACAAGUCAUCCAAAUCGAGUUUCUUUUUCAGCUUUGGAAAAUCGAGCAGGUUGUCAGAACGCGCAAUUUCUCCUCAGCUCUUGGAACCACAAACAGAAGGUAUGUCGAGGGAGACCGAACCAUCCAUCCAUUCAGGGUCAAAUGCCAAUCACAAGCUUCUAGAUCCGUCAUAUAACGAAUACCCAUCGCAAAGGAAGAGCCCAACGCUGCCCGGCAAGUCUGAAGUAUCUCUAAUCUCAUCCACCGAAUACGAAACAGCAAACAAUAACCGAAGGAGCAAACCCAAUCCAUUUACCCUGAUAGGUCGCACAAGAUCGCACAAGGAGAAGGAGAAGGAAAAUCAUCAAUAUUUUCGAGAACCCGUGUACGCGCCCGCGAGAGCUGGCGAGCCCGACAAGGUGUACGCGACAUCAGCACCGAGAACUGCACCAAUACAAUCACAAGAGCACACAUUUCGCGACAUGAUGGUGUCCGGACCAAGAGGCCAUUCGGCGGAGAGGGCGGGAGGAAGCAAGCACUUUGACGGCAUAAACAGGAAUCAGUCCCUGUCGCUCAAGGAGGCAGGCGGAUCGCUGUUUAACGGACUAAAAGAAAGUAGGGCCGCCGGCUUUCUCAGCAAGAAGUUAUUUGGAGGUUCAAAGGAAGACAAGUUCGCACCAAAGGAACCGGUAAUAGACGACGAGCAUUACGUUCUCAAGGUGAUCAACCUACCGCUCGUUGAGCAGACGCGGUUAACUCGAAUAUCGAAAAGGCUGGAGGAUUCACGCGACAAGACAGAGUUUUGGAUGCCGGCAUUUCCCUGGAGAGCGAUCGACUAUCUCAACUACAAGGGCAGCGAUGUUGAAGGGUUAUAUCGAGUUCCUGGCAGUGGACCGCAAAUCAAAAAGUGGCAGCGGAAAUUUGACGAAGAGCUCGAUGUGGACCUUUUCGAACAACCAGAUUUGUACGACAUCAACAUUAUCGGCUCAAUGUUAAAGGCAUGGCUCCGCGAACUACCCGACGAACUAUUCCCCAAAGCAGCCCAGGAAAGAGUGGCCAAGGAAUGCGCGGGGGCAGAGAAAGUGCCCGAGUUACUUAGAGAAGAGCUCUCCAACCUUUCGCCCUUCAAGUACUACCUACUCUUCGCCAUUACAUGUCACCUCAGCCUGCUGCUCGCCCACUCGGAUAAGAACAAGAUGGAUUUCCGGAAUCUCUGCAUUUGCUUCCAGCCAUGCAUGAAGAUCGAUGCCUUUUGUUUCAAGUUUCUGGUAUGCGACUGGAGGGACUGCUGGAAGGGAUGCAAGAACGAAGCCAAGUACAUCGAGGAGGAGUAUGCGCUAUUCGACCAACCGCCACCCAGGAGCUACAGGAGUAAACGGGAGACGGAGUUGAGAGAAAGGGAGGAAAAAGAGGACCGGGAAAGGGCAAUACACCGAGAUCGAGAAAGGGAACAAAGAACUCAGUCUCAGAUUCAGGCGUCUUAUCAACAACAGGGGGGUCAGGUCAUUCCUCCAGCCCACCGCAACGGAAAUGCGCAACAGUCGCCAGCACCACCACAGCAGGUUCAGCGACUAAGGAAAAAGAACACGGCGCAAGAAACAACACAAACAGCGGUGGUCGACACGGGCUCAACAGUAUCGACGACCAUCACGCUGGUCAGUGAUCGAGACACGUCACAUGGGCGAGGAACAAAUCAUCCGAAUCAGAGACAACUACAACCGGGUGAGCUACCGGCUCUUUCGCCCAUAAAACCACUGUCGCCGAUGGGGUUUUAGAGGGCUAUGCUGUUUGAACAAUCUGGUCUUUCUUCGCUUCCUCCUUUCAUUUAUAAGGGUUGUCGACCUUUUUGCAGUGGGGAGGGUUUCGCGAGUGGUUCAUUAGUCCAAUAAGUCGGUUGAGGGCACGGUCACAGUCUCUUGUGGACAAAGACAAAGAGGGGACGGGAAAUAGCACCGAACUCACACAGCUCGCAGUUGUACUGAGACCACUCAAGCUCAAACACAGAGUCAACACUCACACACACAAAUCACAACUUUGAACACACACACACACAUACACACACAAGACACGACUUUUAUGCUGUGGACGAACUUCUCCUUUUCUUUUCUUAUCUCUCGUUCACUCUACCAAGAACAACAACGUUAUAGCUAUUACCUAUCAUAUCAAACCAUGUUUACCACUCACACACUACCAACAGACACACAGCAAGUUUCCACAAGAAUAUUUCCUUUUUUUUUUUUACAAGUCAAGUUGAGUCGAAGUCGUCGAGGUCAAGAAGAAGAAGAAGAAGAGGAAGAAGUCGAAGAAGAAGAACAAGUCAAUGCAAUGCGAUCGUUAUCUACGGAUCUUUUUUCCUUUUUAUCUCUUUGUUUCUUUUUCGUUUUCCUUUUUUGUCUGUAAACUUGGUUGCUGGCUUGUUUGUUUUUUCUGCGUUUUGAAAUACCCCCUUUCGCGCGUACAGUUGUCGUUUAGUUGAAAAUCAUCAUCAUCAUCAUCAUCAUCAUCAUUAUU